AUGAAGGGUUUGAGUACUCUUGAUUGGUAUUUAUCCAUUCUGCCACGAGAGGAUGCCGUGUCGGAGAGCUACAGCGAGAGUAUGGAUGACGUAUCGCUCGAAUCGAUGGAAACUCCUCGAAGUAGGUUAAACUCGAAUAGUUUCGCUUUGAUCAACGGCAGCCUGAUGACGUGCUCUGCAGCCGAUGCCGACCGGUUGUCAAAACUUAGGAUGAUCCAGAAGACGAGACCGAAGCCACCACGCAAAAAUCCCAGAAGCGUCGUUGUUUUGGCCCCCGUCUCAGCGUGGUCUGAUUCAAACGUUAUCGACUACACGCUUGGCGUCGAUUCUUUCUUUGAGUCGAAUGUCGAAAGCAAUCGGUAUUAA